AUGGAAUCAAGCGACUCCGGCAAGUGGAAAGAAGCGUGUGACUCGGAGUUCGAUUCGCUUCAGAGAAACGACACGUGGGAAAUCGUGCCUCUUCCGAAAGGUCGCAAGGCCAUCGGGUGCCGAUGGGUUUUUCGUGUAAAGGAGAAUCAAGAUGGCGAAGUUGAACGUUUCAAGGCAAGACUUGUGGCCAAAGGAUUCUCACAGAAAUUCGGAGUUGACUAUGAAGAAACUUUCGCACCGGUGGCCAAGUUCACAUCGAUUCGUGUGGUGCUCAGUAUGGCGGCUAAGUACGGCCUAAUGCUACAUCAGAUGGACGUCAAGACAGCGUUUCUUAACGGCUCCCUCAACGAAGACAUCUACAUGGACCAGCCGGACGGAUACCUGGAUGCAACACAGCCGGACUAUGUGUGCAAGCUAAAGAGAUCACUCUACGGCUUGAAGCAAUCGCCUCGCAUGUGGAACCAAACAAUCGAUGGGUUCAUGAUCAAGAUGGGAUUCAAGAAGUGCGAAUCGGACCACUGCAUCUGCAUCAAGCGAGACGACCAAGACAUGAUUCUCGUGGUGCUCUACGUCGAUGAUCUCAUCCUGGCCAGCAGCAACAACGAACUCCUCAAGUCAACCAAGAUGGCGCUGAGCAAACGCUUCGAAAUGACGGAUCUCGGUGAGCUCGAUUACUUUCUCGGCAUGGAGAUCAAGAACGACCGUAAGACGGGAAUGGUGACUGUACAACAAACCAAGUUUCUCAAGUCCGUGUUAACCAAGUUCGGAAUGGAUAACAGCAAGCCAGUGAAGACGCCUCAAGAUCCCGGCCUGAAGCUAACCAAGAACAUGUGUGAACAAGAAUGCAAGCACGAAGACACCAUGUGCAACGUGCCAUAUCGAAGUGCUGUCGGAGGCAUCAUGUAUCUCAUGGUCGCCACACGUCCGGAUCUAGCUGCUGCAGUGGGAUCAUUAUCCCAGUUCUCGUCCGACCCAUGCCCGACUCACUGGCAAGCUUUGAAGCGUGUGCUGAGAUACCUGCAAGCAACGCCCAAUCAUGGUCUUGAGUUUACACGUGAAGAAGGAAGCCGUAUCUGCGGGUACACCGACGCAGACUGGGCCGGCGACAUUGAGUCAAGACGAAGUACAAGCGGCUAUGUGUUCAUGAUGAGCGGAGGAUGCAUCAGCUGGAAAAGCCAGAAACAACGGACGGUCGCGCUAUCUUCAACAGAAGCAGAAUACAUGGCGCUUUCCGAAGCAACCAAAGAAGCAGUAUGGCUCAAAGUGCUUUUGGGGGAACUUGGUGAGAUGACAAGCGACGAAGCGAUCAAGAUGUAUGAAGACAACCAAGGAUCAAUCGCUCUCGCCAAGAACCCGGAGUUCCAUAAGAGAACAAAACACAUCGACAUACGCUACCAUUUUGUGCGUGAGAAGGUGGAAUCAGGUGAAGUCGUUUUGGAGUAUUGCCCGACUCAAGAUAUGCUGGCAGACAUGAUGACCAAGCCGAUCGCCGCUGUACAAUUUGAAAACAUUCGCGAUCGACUUGGGAUCCAAGGUGCCGCAGCUAACGAGUCGAGAGGGAGUGUUGAAAAGACAGCGGCUGUAAAGAAGACACCUCGUCAAGCUGCGUCAAGUGUUGAAGCAAGUGGAAGACCAAGCCUCGCUAUACCGGUGGGUACCGGUAUGUACCAGUAA